CGGUAGGUCGUCCCUCAGCGUCGCGCAAAACUCCUUCCUCUCUCUCUCCGCCGACACCCGUCUCUUCGCCUUUUCGUUUGAUCAAAAAUGACUCUCGCCGUCGACCUGCUCAACCCCUCCAUUGAGGCUGAAAAGAGACGCCACAAGCUCAAGCGUUUGGUGCAGUCCCCCAACUCGUACUUCAUGGACGUCAAGUGCCCUGGUUGCUUUGCCAUCACAACUGUCUUCUCGCACGCACAGACCGUCGUCCUCUGCGGCGCAUGCGCCAGUGUUCUCUGCCAACCAACAGGUGGAAGGGCGAGACUGACUGAGGGGAGCUCGUACCGUCGAAAGAAUUAAAAGUCUUCGCUGUUGCACUUCCUCUUCGUCGGAUUGUAUCCCAUAGUACAUCGCAUCUGGGUCCAUCGCAUCGAUAUAGUAUCCCAGUUCUCACGCCCGCAGUACCGUCGGCUGCGGACAGUGUACAUCAUGUUGCUCAUCUAUAAGCGGACAGGAAUCGCGGACGCGGUGACGAUUGUCCCUUAUGCAUCAUACGCUAUCUCAUGGUUCGAUAUGUUGCACUUAUAGUCCUAUGAACAACCAACUCCUCAUUUUUAUUAGUG